AACAAUCGAAUCAAAGGACAACCGGCCCGGUUCGUUCAUAGUGUAGAGCCGACUCCUUCUGCUACCACCAUGGAUGAUUUAGAUGCAUUGCUGGCGGACUUGGAGUCGACGACCUCCCACAUCUCCAAGCGGCCAGUGUUUCUGCCGGACGAGACACCCUACUCUUUCCCCACGGGAGGACAGGCCCCUCCCCCUGUACCACCACCUCCCUCUGCUGAGGCCCUGAAUGGAACCUUGCUUGACCCCCUAGAUUCCACCCCCUUGUGCAAACAGUCCUACAGCCCUGCACAGAAAAGCUUGUGGUCCAGGGACAGCAGUAGCCCCCCCUUACCCCAAAGCGAAGAGGACCACGUCUACAGCUUCCCCAACAAGCAGAAGAGUACGGAGGCUGCCAUGAGCUCCUCCCUGGGCUGCAACCUGUCGGAGCUGGACCGGCUGCUUCUGGAGCUCAACGCUGUGCAGCACAACACACCAUCUUUCCCCACUGAGGAAGAGUCCGCUCCGCCCCUCCCUUCCAGCAGCACCACCCAUUAUGUGCAGGCGAACGGGGUUUCUGGGGCAGGCAAGUUGCCUCGCCCCACCAUGGAGAAGCCAAAACGCAGCGUGGCCACUAGGCCACCAGUCAUCGAAUACGUGCGCCCCAGCGCCAAGAGCCUCCUUGACGAGCAAGAAAGUUCUGUGCCCUCUCCCAUCCCCACCCCAUUGGUUGUAGAGAAGUUGGGGGAGGAGGAGACACCUUCCCAGCUGCAGGCCAGAAUCUCAGCCUCCUCCGCCACGCGGGAGCUUGACGAGCUCAUGGCCUCGCUGUCCGACUUCAAAGUCCAGAGCAACAUCAUGGCCCAGGGGAAGAGCUCACCCACGGCUCCCCCCAAACAGGCUAACAAGCUGGACAACAUGUUGGGCAGCCUCCAGUCAGACCUCCAUAAACUGGGCGUCCAGACUGUGGCCAAGGGAGUGUGUGGGGCCUGCAACAAGCCCAUUGUUGGACAGGUGGUGACUGCCAUGGGGCGCACAUGGCACCCAGAGCACUUCGUGUGUACCCACUGUCAGGAGGAGAUCGGCUCCAAGAACUUCUUUGAGCGGGACGGAGCACCGUACUGUGAGAAGGACUACCACAACCUGUUCUCCCCACGCUGCCACUACUGUAACGGACCUAUCCUGGACAAAGUGGUGACGGCACUGGACAGGAACUGGCAUCCGGAACACUUCUUCUGUGCUCAGUGUGGAGCUUUCUUUGGCCCAGAGGGCUUCCAUGAGAAGGAUGGAAAGGCAUAUUGUCGGAAGGACUACUUUGACAUGUUUGCGCCCAAGUGUGGAGGCUGUACCCGCGCCAUCCUGGAGAACUACAUAUCAGCCCUCAACUCCCUCUGGCACCCCGAGUGUUUUGUCUGCAGGGAGUGCUUCACCCCCUUUGUGAACGGGAGCUUCUUUGAGCACGAGGGCCAGCCCUACUGCGAGGGCCACUACCAUGAGCGCCGUGGGUCCCUCUGCUCGGGCUGCCAGAAGCCCAUCACAGGCCGCUGCAUCACAGCAAUGGCCAAGAAGUUCCACCCUGAGCACUUUGUCUGUGCCUUCUGCCUCAAGCAGCUCAACAAGGGCACCUUCAAAGAGCAGAAUGACAAGCCCUACUGCCAGGGCUGCUUCAUCAAGCUCUUCAGUUAGGAAGCUAGCCCCCCCCCCCCC